AGAGAAAGAGAGAGAGGGGGCUGAGAGAGAGAAAGAAAAAUAGACAAAGAGGGGAUUAAUAUCGUGAACCCCAGGAAGCAGAAAAUUCUUAACGCAAACGUCGGCAAGUAAAUCUUUCCGAAUAUUACCGAAAGCAGCAUUCGUUUUCAGAAGGGUCGCGUUCUCGAAAAAUGCGCGAGAAGUGUGACGUAAUUGCGCGAGACUUGUACCUUAGUGCAUAGAAAAGCGCCGUUCAUAGAGAAGCUGUUAGCGCGGGAACGCUGAUAUCAUUAGACGGUAAUAAUAACGCGUUUCACGAUUUUACGCGGGAAAUGUGUCACUCCCAGUGAGGUGAGAAGAGAUAUCCAGGAAGAGCGUUUGUUUCCGAAAGAAUCGCGUUUUCAGCGCGUUCGUCGCGUUUUAUCUUCUUACGAAGUACGAAGAUAUCUCGAGAGAAGCGACUCCCUGUCGAUACAUAUUCGGACUGAUUCUCGAUUGAACACUUCUCAAACAAGAAAUACUCGACCGCUUUCAAGCAGACAAUCAGCGUGGUUAAGAUGAGUUGAGAUACGAACGGAACUAGUCGUCGAGGUUGAGCCUUUCUCCGCGUAAGCAUCGUUCAUUCGCGAACGUACGUACGUGCGUCCGUGCCCGUAUCCCGUUGAAGCCAAGCAGUAAGCGGAUGAAUACCGUUCCUGAAAAGCUAAGUUCCCUGAUCCAAGUGCUUUUUCCCUGGGACCAGAGACACCGAGUGCUUGGAAAAGGAGGGAAGGUAGAGGGUGAAGGGGGUGAAGAGAAAGAGAAACGGCGGGAGAACGGAGUCCGCGAAACUUCAACCACUUGCUUCUCAAUUGUACACGCCAUGUCGCCGCGCAACGGCUCUUGCGUGGCAGAGGUGAGCUCCGUGAGGAGCCUCUCGUCGGAUGACGUCUCGGCGACCAAGGCGAACCGGAAGAAAUCGUGUUGGGCUCGCGCGACCGACCCGGCCCAUCGCCGCGGCCGGCGAAUUCAGCUGCUGCAGAUGCUGGUGCUACCCUUCAUACCGAUCCUCGCCCUGAUCGUGCAGACUGCGAACACCCUCCACGACAUCCUGAUCUAUCGCCAGGAGGUGUCCGACAUAGAAUCGCAGGUUACGAUAGCCACGGACCUUGGCAAGAUGGUCACAAGAAUGCAACUGGAGCGGUCCGAGGUGGCUUUCUUUAUCUACACCAACGGUAACACUCUGAGGUCGAACCUCACUCAGAGAUUCUCCAUAACCGACCAGGACCUCCACAACAUGAGCACGUGGCCUCUAGUUUCCGUGCCCAGGGACGAAAGCAAGACGCAGACGUACGAUGUGGUGAGCAAGGAGGCCUUCCAGGCACGCUUGGAGGACUUCAGGCAGAAGAUCAGCUCGGAGGAGAGCAGCAUCAGCGAGGUGAUGGCGUGGUACACCAGCGUGAACGCCGCCAUGCUGGAUCACCUGACUAAUCAGAUUAAGGAGACAGACAACAGCGGGGUGUGGAGGUAUUUGAUAGCCUUCAAGAACUUACUGCGGAGUAUCGAGAGCCUCGGCAUCGCCUCUGUGGAAGGGAUCAAUUACUUCGGUCGCGGUAUCCUCCUCGGCGACAAUUACAUCAGCUACGUUCGUCACGAGGCGCUGGGACGUGAUCUGCUGAACGCCGCCCUUACGUACGUGCCCUCCCUGAAGAAGUUUUAUGAGGAGCUCACGCGCACGAUGCCCGAGUACGACAAGAUCAAGGCGAGGCGGGACGAGAUCCUGCGGAAUCAAAAGAGGGAGCCGAGCGUGGACGAUGCAAUCGCUUACUUCGACUCAAUGGCCACUUACAUCGAUGAGCUGCGUAAACUGCAGCGGGAAUUGCGUCACAUGAUAAGAAAUUACGUCAACUCGACGUUACAAGACGCCAGUAACAAGGAAGUCGCGGGAAUUGCCAUCGUCGUUCUGGUGUUGAUGGUGUCGCCUAUCAUCAUAAUACUGAUGCGGAACGCUGUCGCCACCAUUCAGAUGUACGCCGCGAAUCUGGCGCAGAAGGCGCGCGAGCUCAAGCGCGAGAAGAGGAAGAGCGACACGCUGCUCUUCCAGAUGCUCCCGCCCAGCGUCGCCCAGCAACUCAAGCAGACUCAGCAGGUACCAGCCGAGUAUUACGAGGCGGUGACCGUCUACUUCAGCGACAUAGUCGGCUUCACGGAGAUCGCCGCGGAGAACACGCCCCUCGAGAUAGUGACGUUCCUUAACUCGAUUUACAAGCUGUUCGAUGCGCGUAUCGAGUGCUACGACGUUUACAAGGUAGAAACCAUCGGGGACUCCUACAUGGUCGCUUCUGGCCUGCCUGUCAGAAAUGGUAAAAGUGACAAGCACGUCUCCGAGAUCGCCACGAUGGCAUUGGACCUGCUAGCGGCCUCGUCCGUCUUCCAGGUGCCCAAACGUCCUGGCGAACGGCUGCAGAUACGAAGCGGGGCUCACACCGGACCCGUCGUAGCCGGUAUCGUCGGCAGCAAGAUGCCGCGUUAUUGCCUCUUCGGGGAUACCGUGAACACCGCGAGUCGCAUGGAGUCUACCGGCGAGGCCCUACGAAUUCACAUCAGCCUGGAGAUGAAAAAGGCGCUCGACGCGGUGGGCGGUUUCCGAAUAGAGCACCGCGGCAUGGUCGACGUGAAGGGCAAGGGUCUGAUGGACACAUACUGGCUGGAGUGCAAGGACGGCGGUAUCGCUCGUGCCGCCGAGUUGGACCUGCCGACAUUCUUCGAGGACGUACGACCAGUCUUCAUGCGCCGUCUACGUGAAGAGGGUACUCUCUGAUGCGAGCCGUACUCCC